CUUACCCCAGACUUUUAAAGGUCCUGUUUGCCUCAACUUCUCACACCCAAUCCAAUAGACUUUUAUUUAUAAGGCAACCUUGAACCCGAAUCCCAUCACAGCUACUGCAAUCCAUCCAUAACAAUGUCGAACAGAACCGGUCUCUACGCUGCUCUUGCUGCCGCUGGUGUUGGCGGUUACUAUCUGUAUCGGGCCGGUGGUGACCCAAAGGCUGCGAAGCAAGAGAUUAAACAUGAUGCCGAUGUAGCCCGCAACAAGGUCUCUACGGACAAGGCCGAGAAAACUGGCCAAAAAGUUGGUGCGGAGGCUGGUGCGCAUAUUGACGAAGCGGUGGCAAACGCCCGCACCCAAGCACAAGAUGCCAGCAACCGUGCUUCAGGACUAGCCCACGAGAGUCUCGAUAAGCUCAACGACGUGCGACAGGAUGCGGCGGCAACGAUCAAGGCCAACGUUGAUAAAUUUGAUAAGACGGUGGAGCAGAAGACGAGUGAGGCGAAGGGAUCUCUGUCGAGCUGGUGGAGCGGUAGCAAGUAAUUUGGAGGGACUUUGCGUCUGGGAAUUGAAUAAAGCGCGUUAUUGCAAUGUUUUAAUUAUGUUAAUAUCAGCUAGCUCAUAUCCUCUUUCAUGAACGCGAUUAAUGCUAUUAUUUUUCAUUGGCAUUGUUAUUAUCAUUGAAAUGGUUGGUGGGUGAUGAUGGUAAUGAUUAGAAGUAUAGUUCCGGUACUAUGCAAGGGAAGAGAAGACUGUAUGUGUAUUAUCCGGUUAUCGUUGGCACUGACCACGUCUGAUGUCUCGAUAAUCCCGAUAAGCUAGAGGAUUCGAUAGAGGGCCGCUACUGGUACUGUAGAAACUAGUAGUCGUGGGUGGUAUGUUGCAUUCCUGUCAUGUCGAUUACCCUAGUGACGAAGUGCC